AGAUCUUGAACCUUGGUCUCAACCCCAAGCCGCUAUCACCAACUUUCGCGGACCCCCGACAGCACGGAAAAUGGAGGACCAGGAGAGCCUCUUGGGCCUGACAGAAGUCGAGCCAUCCCCCGUAGAGGAGACGCCUGUAGAAUACUCAAAGGAUGGAUAUUUCCCUUCGUCAAGCUCACCCUCGCCGCCACCAGGAUACUCCCGCACCUCAACCCUGGGAUUAGGGAAUCAUGGGCCUGCAUAUUACCUAACCCGCAUCCAACGCUACUCCUCCUACACCUUCACAGCCUUCGCCUCCCUCCACAUCGUCAACACCUCCUUAAUCCCCCUUGUGACACGCUCGGUACCCACCAGCGAACCCUACCUCCUCCUCACCCGGCCAGCCUAUCAAUCCGCCCUCAUGGAACCCUUCCUCGUCGUCCUCCCCCUCUUCACCCACGUUGCUUCAGGAAUCGCGCUGCGCCUCUACCGAAGACGAAUCGCGCUUCGACGAUACGGCGCCGAGUCCCAAUCCGACCGGAAGCACAUCCCAUGGCCUCCCAUCAGCGGAACCUCGAAGCUCGGAUACGCCCUCGUGCCGCUACUUGGCUUCCACAUGCUCGCGGCGCGCGGCCUACCGAUGUACCUGCACGGGGACAGCGCGCUGGUGAACCUGUCGUACAUAAGCCAUGGCUUCGCGCUACAUCCUGUGGUCUCGAGCGCUGGGUUCACGGCGCUGCUUGCGGUCGGCACGUGGCACGUGGUGUGGGGUUGGGCGCGGUGGUUGGGGCUCGCGCCACGGCAUGGACAGAGCAGUGGGGCGGAGCAGGAGCUGGUGAAGAAGAGGCGAUGGUAUCAGGUCAAUGGGCUUGCGGCUGCGGUGGCGGGAUUGUGGAUGGCGGGGGGAUUGGGGGUUGUGGGGAGGGCGGGGAAGGUCGCGGGCUGGGUAGGUAGGGAGUAUGACGAAUUAUAUAGAGCGUUGCCGAUUCUGGGGAGGUGGGCGUAGGAGGGCGUAGGAGGGCGAGGAACGGGACGGUCGUGGAGAGAAGAGGUGCUGGAUGUAGCCAGCAAGUACCUUUGUAAUUCUACUUUUCCGACUUGGCUUAUUUGAUACCAAUUGGGCUUUGCUACUACUGGAAGCUAGAAUAGAAAGGUUUGCCAUUUAUACUUCUCCUUGUUUGCAACGGAUAGUAGGGUAAGAGCUUUGUUUAUUGUACGGAGCGUAUGAUGUUGCAAUGCGACUGGCGUCUCUUACUAUUUUAUAUUCUAUCAUGUCCAACCUUCUCUGAUUAUCUAAUGCUAAAAAGAAUACAAAAAUAGUAGCAAGCACG